AUGGAAAAGAGAACCCCUUCGACGAAAAAGUAUAGUUUGAAAACUGAUAUUCAAGUCAAGCCCAAGACAAUACAUAGAAGGAUAGAGCCUAUUACCACCGAUGAAUUUGAUGUAAGAGUCCCGUCUAUUAAUCUGGAUGUAAUCCCCUCUCUGAAACAUUCAGAAAAUGGGAUCGAAAACAAUCCUUAUGAAAUUUCGAAUGCAAAGGUGAAAUAAAGUGUACUCUAAGACUUCAAAGAAUCAUCUAAACUCUGACAGGAUUAAGAGCUUUAGGAAGCCGAGAAGAGUAAGCAAGAUAUCUCCUCGGAAGGCCAAAGAUGAACUGGGUAUGGGUUCAUCUCAUUCUCAAAAUAAGACUCUUUAUAAUCUUCCAUAUUCUUAUGAAAAACAUAACAGAAGUAUGAGCAAGCAGCAUUAUUUAGAUAAUGACAGUUAUAUUAGCAGUCAGACUUUUUAUCUUGAGAAAAACAAAAGAGCGUCUUGCAAGGAACCUAUAAACCCAGAAUAUAAACCAAGCCAGACUAAUAGGAAGAAUACUGGCUUGAACCUUGACGUUAUAAACUUGAUUCAAAACCGUCGUGAUGAAGAGUUAUCUAAAAGUACAAAGAGUGAAGCUCAAAGCAAAUUUGUUGCUUGUCAGCUAAACAUGACACAGCCUGUAGAUUAUUCAUCGAGGGCCAAAUUUAGAGAGGAUCCUCAACUAGAACCUUUGGUUUCUGAGUUCAUUAACCAGAAGCCCAACAGUCAGAAAAUUAUGCUGAAAAGUCUUAAGAACAAUAAAAAGACAAAGAAGUUGUUAGACAAUCUGCAUAAGAUUGAGGAGGAAAUUGAUAAAUACGAUAUCGAGUAUUCAAUUUCCAAUAAGAAGUACAAGGCUGGCACAGACCAGUUCUAUAACUGAUUUAUCGAAAAAUGCAAGUUCAUAGACUACAUCUUCAAGAAAAUUGACUCUGAUUAUAAGAAGUCUGAUUAUAACUCUUUUAAGAUAAUUAUGACUAAAGGGAAGCAUGAUGAAGAAGCUAAGUUGGUGACUACUACUUAUUCACUUUGCUCACGGAUUAUUAGUGAGUUGUUGGAAUGAAGAGACCAUACAGAAUCACACUAUCUUGGGGUUAUUCAGAGUAAAGACUAUACUAUUGAUAACUUGAAGACUAGACUGAAAACAGCAAUCGAUCAUUUAAAACAAAUUGAAGAAGAUGAGCUUAAUUUGCAAAAAGAUGUAGAUAUUGAAAUAAAGAAGCUUGAAGAACUUGGAAAUUUCGAUGACCUCGAAAAGCCAGAUUUUCUUUCCGUAGGUCUCCACAAAAGCAACACAGAAGAUGAUCCUUGCUACACUCUCACUGACAUCUACCAGUUCCUACUUUUCGAGGGUGAAAUAGUAAAAUCAGAUGCUGCUAAAUAAAAUCGAUUU